CGAAAAAUCUAUUUAGGCAAUGUUGUGAAUAUACAAACAGGCGAAUGGAAAGGCGUUAUUAGUGGACUUGGUGCAGGCCUUGAUUCAUUUUAUGAAUAUCUCCUCAAAGCUUUCGUAUUAUUUGGUGCUGAUGUUGACUUAAAAAUGUUCGAGGAAGCAUAUGCACUAAUAAUAAGGCAGCUACGACGAGGACGUGAUCAUUGUGUUUUAGGCGAGGGAGAAACACCGAUGUAUGUAAAUGUUGAUAUGAGAGAUGGUUCGCUAGAAAAUACCUGGAUUGAUGCUUUGCAGGCUAGUUUUGCUGCUGUACAGGUAUUGAAUGGUGAUAUUGAUGAAGCUGUUUGCAUUCAUGCUAUAUAUUAUUCAUUAUGGAAGAAAUAUGAUGCUCUUCCUGAACGAUUUAACUGGCUCUUGAAAGUUCCCGACGUUUAUUUCUAUCCCUUAAGACCGGAGCUCGCAGAGUCGACAUAUAUGCUAUAUCGCGCAACUCAAAAUCCAUUUUAUCUUCGUGUUGGUUUUGAUAUUUUGAAAUCUAUUAAUACGUUUGCAAGGGUGAAGUGUGGGUACGCGACGGUGCACAAUGUUGUGGACAAAUCAUUAGAAGAUCGGAUGGAAUCAUUUUUUUUGUCAGAAACUGUGAAGUAUUUGUAUCUUUUGUUCGAUGUGGAUAAUGCUGUCAAUCGUAAUGAAGAGCGCAUUCUAUUUACAACAGAGGGUCAUAUAAUCCCUAUUGAUAAACGUUUGAGGAAUCCAGUUUAUGAGGCCCCUUUAUAUUUUUCUCACAAUCAUUCAUGCACUGCAUUCAAGUUCGAUCGUCACCGGCCACCCCUUGAUCAGCUUCGUCUUGCUCAAAUAUUUCGCUUGGCUGGUGCUGGUUUGGGGGUUUCGGGACAAAAUUUUUUUCCAUCAUAA